UCCACGUGUGUGGGCUUCCAAAAUUAUUUCGAUUCGAGGGUUUAAUAAAAGGAGGAGAGUCGGGAGCAGGGCAUCUACUUCUCUUUACUUUCUCACUCUCCAUUUCUUCCUCUCUAGGGUUUCUACUACCUCUCUCUCAGAUUCGAAUAUGAGCCGACACCCUGAAGUGAAGUGGGCUGAAAGGGAGGACAAGAUCUAUCUCACCGUGCUUCUGGCAGAUGCGAAAGACCCUAAGGUCAAUGUUGACCCUGAUGGUACAUUUACAUUUUCUGCCGCUGCUGGGACUGACAGUAACCUCUAUGAACUCAAGUUGGAGCUACUUGAUAAGAUCAAUGCAGAGGAGUGCAAGAUAAACAUAGGUGUGCGCAGCAUCGUCUGUGUAUUGGAGAAAGCUGAGAAGAAAUGGUGGACAAAGUUGUUGCGUGGAAAUGAGAAGACACCUCACUACGUGAAAGUAGAUUGGGAUAAAUGGGUAGAUGAAGAUGAUGAUGCUGGUGCACCGUCAGACUUAGAUUUAGGUGGAAUGGAUUUCUCGAAAUUUGGUGAUAUGGGUGGCAUGGGAGGCAUGGGUGGAAUGGGUGGCAUGGGUGGAAUGGGCGGCAUGGAUAUGAGUGCCUUGGCUGGAAUGGGUGGCAUGGGUGGAAUGGGCGGCAUGGAUAUGAGCGCCUUGGCUGGAAUGGGUGGCAUGGGCGGAAUGGGUGGCAUCGGAGAUGAUGCUAUGGGAAAUGACUUCGAAGACAGUGAUGAUGAAGAGGUGACAAAACCAGAGGGGGAGGCAGUUCCCAAGGCAGAAGCAGAAGCAGAAUCAUUGAAGGAUAAAGCAGAACCCUUGCCGAGCUCAUGAAUGACGAUGUGAUACAGACUGGCGUAUGUUUUCCGCUUGGAUUUCCUUCUUUUAUUUAGUGAUAUGUUGCGUAGGUGUGCUUUCUGUGAGAGUAAUGGCUUCUUUGCCUGAAUUUUUAUAGUACUCAACCAAUUUUAAUUUUAUUUUAUUGUACUCUCUGGGCAGAGAAAUAUUUCCAUCCAAUCUGUGUUGUAUUUUUAAGCCAA